GUGGUGAGGUCUGGAACCACUAACCCGGUUGUACACUUAUCACCAUGGUUGGGACCCGUAGUGGGUUAGAGACUAGCCCCUAUAGUAAGGAGCAGCAAGAAAAGAUGGUCGCCUUAGUCCAAGAGAACAGGGAGAGAAAAGAGCGUGAGAAGCAAGCGAAGCUAAAGGCUAUCGCAGACGAGCAGGCGGCGAAGAUGAAGAGAUUGGAGGAGGAGAUGAAGARAGUACAACAAGAGGAGGAAGAAAGAAAAAAAGCUGCUGAAGCAGAAGCGGCAGCAGAAGAAGAGAAAGAGAGAAUGAGGAUUGAGAGUGGAGAAGGAAGCAGUGGUGGCACGAUGAAGAGGGAGACAGAUAUUGAGAUGGAGAAGAAGAUCAGCGAGUGGGUCGCUAAUUUAUCGUUGGGCGAAGAGGAGGAGGCAGAGUCCUAUGUAACUGAGGAUGAGAGGGCUGCGCCAGCCAGUGAGCUAGCAACAAUGACAGAUCCAAUGGAAAGGCGAGAAAGGGAGGAGGAGCAGAAACUGGCAUGGAAGUUGAGAAUGAAGCGAGAGAAGAAGAGGAGGAGAGAGGAAGUGAGUAAAAUGACUGCAGAGGUAGCGAAGGUGCAAGCGUGCAGGCAGGAGGUGUGGGCCCAGCCAGAUGAUAAGGCCAAGUGGGACAAGGUACUGGGGUACCUGGAAGUGUUGAGCAAGGCUUGGAUGGAAGAGCGCCAGGCUAGUUGGAGCCUAGAUGUAGCCUUGAGUGCCAUGCGGUCAGGGUUUAGAGACUUUGCGCACGAGAUCAUCACCCAUAUUGGGGGCGAAGUCAAGCAAUUGAGAGACAAUGUAGGGAAGUUUUGUAAGGGCGCCAUUCAGGGUGCCAAAGUUGUAGCCGCUGUAGAGGGAGAGGCCAGACCCCGUAAGGACCCAGUGAAACUUAAGUUCCCACAUGCCUACGGGGGAAAGAAGGAAGAAAACUUUGACAAUUGGGAAGCCAGUGUCAAUAGUUAUAUUUACUUGCAGCAUAUCCUAACAGAGGAACAAGUCCUUGUGGCCUUCCAGGCCCUCAAAGAUGAAGCGGCUAGCUUCGCCAGGUCUCUUGCACGUACAGCCGGUUGUGAAAACAACCUGGUUGCAUAUUCCAAAGUCACCCCUCUUUCCCAAUUCCKCAAGCUCCUCAAGGAGCGUUUCGCUGACCCAACGCGAGGCAUUAGAACCUCUGACAAGCUGCAAACGAUCCACUCACGGCAGUGGAGGAGUGCCAAGGCACUCAAGGGUACCAUGGACGACUUGGUAGCCGUCCCGGACCAUGGGGUCACUGAGCCCCACUUGGUCCAGUUGUUUUAUCGUGCCAUUCCAGAGGCCCUACGCAGGCAUUUCUUUGACAAGUCUCAGCAAGCCGGCAUCACUUACAAUGCAUUGAGUAGAGAAGUCGUCCUGUAUGAGUCGAAGUCUAUGCCAGUUACCACUUUCUGGCAUAAGGACCUGGAGAAGGGGAAGAAGUGGAAGGAUCGUACCAUCUCGGGCCAAGUCAAGGCCAAGGAUCACUUGAUCCUGACAUUAGAGGAGGGUGGUACAGAAGAGGUCCCAUAUGAACAGAUUGAGUGGGGCCUAGGGGAGGAGUACAGUAGUGUAGGGCAGGGGAGGUCUUACGCUGCUGUCGCGGCCGGAGGGAUGCCGCAAGGUAGAGGAGGAGGCCAGGGCCAAAGGGGCCAGGCCAUGGGAGGCCGAGGACCGGGCGCACACGGGGUUGGCGGACAGGGAAACCGCCAAGCGGGAGGUAGGGGUCAAGGUCCCCCGUUAAAUCGCCAAGGUAAUCGGUCCCCACAGCGAGGAGGUGGAAGGACACCUCAAGGAGGAUGGCACCCAGGCUUGCCACAGGGCAGGCCCUGGGAAGAUCUGGGCUUGGACCAGCGUUUAUGGCAGGAACGCGUGAACCUGGGUCAGUGCGGAUGUGCUGAAGACGAAGCUGGAGCGAUGGCUACUCAGCUAAAGUCUCAGCGACAAAUGGAGAAGGAAGAAGAGGAGAAGCAACAGAAGAAGGAAGCUGAUGAAAGGAAAAAGAAAGCGGAGGAAGAAAGAGCCACGAGGGAAGAAGCGAAUAGAAUAGCCUUGGAGAGAAAGAAGGCGAAAGAUCUUAAGGAGGCGAAAAGGAACUGGGAAUUCGAGAAAAUGCUCGCUAAACAGAAAUUGGCAAUAGAGGAAGAAUUUGAGCGGAGAUUAGAGAGUAGACUGAAGGGGGUAAUGAUCACUGAGAAGAUCGUGAAAGCGAAGAUGAAGCAGAAAACACCAUCACCUGCUAACUCGGACUCUAAAGAAGAAGAGGAAGCACUGCAUGAUGAGAGAUUUGAUAAACGAAAAAGACAGGCUGGCCAAACUUCGGGUGGACAAAUUAGCCCUGCUGGAACACCUGCAAAAAUUGGUCGACAAGAAGCUAAUGAGGAACUGCCACCAAGAACCAUGGAGGAAUGCGACCUGGGUGAAAUACUUAGAGGAAGAGGACGCGUCAGAAAGGAAGGGAAUGGGUUCCCUAUCCAUGAUUCUGCCCUGUGGGAAGGCGCUCCACUUGAUGUGGAUAGCAAGACAGAAGCGGCCUUUAAGAAGCAAGUACGGAAGUUUCUGACGAAGAAAAGCGUACCUACWAUCCAAGAGAUGUGUAGGGAAGCAGGCAUGGCUUACCGAGGAAGRCCCGAAGCUAUGGACGAACUCGUUGAGCUCCGUACGAUGUACUUCUACAGGAAGCCCCGCACACCACGCCAAGGAGGGAUCCAGAGAAAACCAGGGUGUCCCACCGAGAAAGGAACUCUGGGACAGGAACUCUGGGACAGGAACUCUGGGACAGGAACUCUGGGAAAGGAACUCUGGGACAGCAACUCUGGGAAUGGAACUCUGGGACAGGAACUCUGGGACAGGAACUCUGGGAAUGGAACUCUGAGAAUGGAACUCUGGGAAUGGAACUCUGGGAAUGGAACUCUGAGAAUGGAACUCUGGGAAUGGAACUCUGAGAAUGGAACUCUGGGACAGGAACUCGGAGAAUGGAACUCUGGGACAGGAACUCUGGGACAGGAACUCUGGGACAGGAACUCUGGGACAGGAACUCUGGGGCUGGAACUCUGGGGCGGGAACUCUGAGAAUGGAACUCUGGGAAUGGAACUCCGUGGAGUCCCCGCAGCAGUGGAAACUGCAGCAGAGGAAACUGCAGGUCUAUAGCCAGCAGAUCUGUAACCAGGGGCAAAACGAGGAAGUAAUUGUUGUGAUUCCUCUGGAUUCAAAGUUAAUUUUAA